AUGCGAAACGUGGCCGUCCGGACCACGGCGGCCAUCUUCAUGCCCAUUGCUAGUAUUACCGUGUUUCUGCGGUGUUAUGUGCGCUUACGCAUCGUCAAGGGCUUUGGCUGGGACGAUGCGGCCAUGGUGGUGGCCAUGUUGUUUUACUUCAUGUUUGGGGGGUGCAUGAUUGGGGGGUCGUUGUACGGGACCGGCUAUGUGUUUGCUGAUUUAGAGCCGCCGAACGGGAUGAUCGCGAUGAAGUACUGGUGGCUGUGUGAGAUUGCCUAUUGCUUCGCAUCCGUCUUUUGCAAAAUCUCCGUCUGCAUCUUCUUGAUGCGCAUCACCAUCAAGCCCCUCCACAUCUGGACGCUCUACACCGUCAUGACGCUCACCGUCAUCACCUGCAUCGUCUUCAUGCUUAUCAUGUUGCUGCAGUGCCAUCCGCUGCAGUACUUCUGGACCCGCCAUGCCGGCGAUCCCAGCAUCCAGGGCUACUGCAUCAAUAUGCAGAUUGUCGUGGCCAUGACAUACGUGUACAGUGUGUUUGCGGGCGCGUGUGACUUUACCGUGGGCAUUUUGCCCGUCUUCCUCGUGAAGAGCUUGAAUAUGCAUCGUCAGACCAAGUUGGCUGUUAUCGGUAUUCUGAGUAUGGCUUGCAUUGCCUCUUCUGCUGUGAUUGUCCGAUUUCCCUUUGUUCACACCUUUGCCGACCCGGACUUUCUCUACUCCACCUAUCAAAUCGCCAUCUGGUCCAACAUCGAAACCGGCCUCGGCAUCACCGCCGGCUCCCUCGCCACGCUCCGCCCUCUCCUCCGCAAAGUCCUCGGAUCCUCCGGUGGACGAGACUACACAUCCGGUCUCCCCCAUCGCUCGUCCUCGCGCAUGCCCGGCGUCAGCCACGAUCGGCCCUAUCCUCUCGGUUCAGUCGACCGGGACGCGCCGCGGUUACGGCCCGACAAGCUCGCCGUGACGGUCACUACCAUUCAGAGCCAGAACCACGAUACCUGGACGAAUAUCUCGGCCAGUCCGCAUAGUAGUGAGGAGCGGUUGAAUGUGCAGCAUCCCACGUUGCCGGGGAUUUCGGAGACGGGGGGUGAGAUUGGGCUCAGUAUUCAUCGCACGGUGGAGGUGACGCAGACGAUGGAUGAGUCGAGCAUACGGGAACAUGUUUGA